AAAUUGCAGAAUUUAUGAGAGAGAGAGAGAGGGAAUUCCAAGACAGAUAGAUGGAGAAAAGCAAAAGGCUAUGAGUAUUGAAGGCACACUCGCAACCGCACUGACAUCAACUUUAAUGACCUCCCAUCAUCACUCCUCCUCUCCCUCCCCUCUUCUAAAUUUCCUUCCGAUUCUUCCAAUCCUCCACCUCUCUCUCUCUCUCUCUCUCUCUCUGCAGUUACUUUCCGACCAAUUUUCCCGGCUGUAAUAAGCUGCCAAAUUGGACUCAAACCUCUGCUGCAAAUGCUUUUUGAAAUACUAGUUUCCUUUUCUUGACUGAGAAAAAAUGUUGUUGAAGUUAGUGGCUUUCCUCUUCUUGUCUCCAUUGCUCCUGAACUUGGUCCAAUCCCUCGACCCUGCUUUCAACGACGACGUAUUGGGCCUCAUAGUCUUCAAAGCAGGCCUCGCCGACCCGCAGUUGCGCCUCACUUCUUGGAACGAGGAAGACAACGUCGCCUGCAAAUGGGUCGGGGUGAAAUGCGACCCGGAUACCAACCGGGUCACGGAGCUCAUUCUCGACGGAUUCUCUCUCUCCGGCCACAUUGGGAGGAGCCUCGUCCGGCUGCAGUCCCUCACGCUUCUGCAGCUCUCAAGAAACAAUUUUUCAGGGACCCUUAAUCCCAUUCUUGCUCAAAUCCCAUCUCUCGAGGUUCUUGAUUUGAGCAGCAACAGCUUAUCAGGAUUCAUCCCCGAGGAGCUUUUCCAGCAAUGUGGGCCCUUGAAGGCCAUUUCUCUCUCUAGGAACAGAUUCACCGGCCCAUUGCCGCACUCCUUGAGCUCCUGCUCGAAUCUGCAGAGGCUCAACCUGUCGUUCAAUCGGAUUUCAGGUCAGUUGCUUCAAAGCUUGUGGUCUCUGAGCUCGCUUCGGUUUCUUGAUUUGUCUGAUAAUUUGUUGGAGGGUGAGAUUCCGGGAGGGAUCGACAGUUUACCUGAAUUGAGAGUGAUUAGUUUGAGGAGGAAUAAUCUAGUUGGUUGGCUGCCUGAGAAUCUUGGCAACUGUUUGAUGCUCAAGAGUGUUGAUUUUAGUGGCAACUAUUUCAGUGGCACUCUUCCUCUCUCAAUGAGGAAACUUGCACUGUGUAGAUAUCUUGAUGUGAGUAUGAAUUCAUUGACAGGACAGUUCCCUGAUUGGAUUGGGGAGAUGAGAAGCUUGGAAUUCUUGUACAUUUCUGGUAAUAACUUUUCUGGUAGGCUACCUAGUACUCUAGGCAAUCUCCAAUCCUUAAAGGAAGUGAACGUGUCGAAAAAUAGGUUUGUGGGGAGCUUGCCGGAGUCAUUUGAGGGCUGUGUGAGCCUUAAAGUUGUCGAUUUUGGCCAGAAUUCGUUCUCCGGUAACCUGCCUUCGUGGCUCUUUGUGUUGGCUUUGGAGAGUGCAUCUCUCUCUGUGAAUAGGUACAGUGGGAGCAUCACUCUCCCUGCUUCGUGGCUGCAGUCGUUUCAGAGCCUCGAAGCCUUAGAUUUGUCGUCCAAUGCAUUGACCGGUGGGAUUCCAGCAGCUAUUGGGAACUUCAGUAGGCUGCAGGCCUUGAAUGUGUCACAUAACUCUCUAGCUGGUUCGGUUCCAUCAAGUGUUGGUGAGCUUAACACGACUCGUGUUCUUGAUAUGAGCCACAAUCGGCUAACUGGGAGCAUCCCGCCUGAGGUUGGACGCGCUGUUUCACUGCAGCAGUUGAGAUUGGAUGGCAAUUUGCUGACUGGAGCCAUUCCAAUAGAGAUAGGGAACUGCUCAUCUCUGACCUCAUUGGUCUUGUCGCAGAAUAAUCUCACCGGUCCCGUGCCUGGUUCGGUCACGAACCUAUCCAACCUCGAGGUGUUGGACUUGUCAUUCAACAAUUUAUCAGGAAGCCUGCCUAAAGAAUUGACAAACCUUUCGCACCUUGUCUCGUUUAAUGUCUCCUUCAAUGGUCUCGAGGGGGAGCUCCCGGUGGGAGGCUUCUUCAACACCAUCCCCACGUCGUCUGUGAUUGGGAAUCCGUUGUUAUGUGGCUCCAUUGUCAAGCAAUCGUGCCCUGCUGUCCAUCCCAAGCCUCUGGUCCUCAACCCCAACUCAUCUGUCUCGAAUCACGGCCCCCUCCCACCAAAUCUUCGACACAAGCGGAUCGUGCUCAGCAUAUCUUCCCUUGUGGCCAUUGGUGCAGCUGUCUUCAUAGCUCUUGGUGUGGUCACAGUCUCUAUUCUCAACAUGCACGCGCGCACAUCCAUGGCACGGUCUGCUGCUGCGUUCACAUUCUCCGGGGGCGAUGAUUUCAGCCCUUCCCACGACACCGAGGCUAACUAUGGGAAGCUUGUGAUGUUCUCUGGAGAAGCUGACUUUGCUACUGGGGCCCAGUCUCUGCUCAACAAGAACUGUGAGCUUGGGCGCGGUGGUUUUGGGACUGUCUACAAGACAGAGCUUCGAGGGGGGCGCUCCAUCGCCAUCAAGAAGCUUAACACCACGAGUUUGGUGAAAUGUCAAGAAGAUUUCGAGAGGGAGGUUAAGACACUAGGCAAGAUGAGGCACCAGAAUCUGGUGGCACUCGAAGGAUACUAUUGGACGCCUUCGUUGCAGCUGCUCAUCAACGAGUAUGUCUCUGCAGGAAGCUUGCACAGGCAUCUCCACGACGGAGGGGACGAUGGCAGCAGCCUCACUUGGCAGCAAAGAUUCAACAUAAUCCUCGGGACUGCUAAGGGCCUAGCUCAUCUGCACCGGAUGAAUGUCAUCCACUACAACAUGAAGUCGAGCAAUGUUCUGAUAGACGUCUCUGGUGAUCCGAAGGUGGGAGAUUUUGCCCUGGCCCGGCUGCUACCUGCAUUGGACCGUUACAUCCUGAGCAGCAAGAUUCAGAGCGCGCUAGGGUACAUGGCCCCGGAGUUUGCGUGCCAAACUGUGAAGAUCACUGAGAAAUGUGACGUCUAUGGAUUUGGGGUCUUGACCCUCGAGGUGCUGACCGGGAAGAGGCCCGUGGAGUACAUGGAGGACGAUGUGGUGGUGCUGAGCGACAUGGUGAGGGAAGCGUUAGACGAGGGGAGGAUAGAGGAAUGCAUCGACAAGAAGCUCAAAGGUGGUUAUCCGGUGGAGGAGGCGAUUCCGGUGGUAAAGCUUGGCUUGAUUUGUGCCUCUCAGGUGCCAUCAAAUCGCCCCGACAUGGAAGAGGUCAUACGGAUUUUGGAACUCAUCCGAUCUUCAUCGGAGAAGGAAGAAAUGGAAUCAUAAUCUACAAGAGAAAGAUUUUAACUUAAAAAUGUUGGUAUAAGGUGAAGAGGAAUCCAGUUUCUCAUGAAAAUCUUUCAUUAGUGUUGAAAUAUUUUGUCAUUAAGAAUAUCUUUGUUUGUUCCUUACAUUACUGGAUUUCUGUUCACCAGCUCCAACUCAUGUGAUCUCUCUAGUUAUAUUAGUAUACAUGUGAUUGAUCUUCA